ACCCCCCCUUACGAGCGGGGUAGCGCGGCCUAGCAGCCCGAGUCCCUACAACCCCCCCUUACUGGCAGGGUAGCGCAGCCUAGCAGCCCGAGACCCUACAACCCCUCUCACGAGUGGGGUAGCGUGGCCUAGCAGCCGGGGUCCAUAUAACCCCCCUUACGAGCGGGGUAGCGCAGCCUAACGGCCGGGGUCUCUAGUAUUCCUCACGGUUCAGGGGUGAGGUGGUAGGGGGACUCGGGCCCGCCCUCUCCACCGAGCCCCAACCCAGGGCCCUGGUAGUGGCAAGCUCCUCUCACCACUUGCUCGGCAGGGAUCCGCCCGCAACAUGUCGAGCGUCAAUGCAGCUCUAAUGCCGUUUGUCUAUAAAGUUAUACUUCCUAUCAUGAAUGCCAGUUCAUCUGCUGCGGGGGGUCCUCUGGUCUGUUCCCCUCCUGGGACAUCCGCCGUCGGGGUCUCAGGGAGUGUCUCGGCUUGGCUGACUCCCGGAUCCUGGCGCGCAGGUUCUCCCUCCUCCAGAGCUAGCAGCAUGUGUCCUCCUCCAAUGGUCAGCCCGAGUGAGCUGGCCUGCAGGCUUUUAUACCAGUUCUCCCCUUGGAGCAUGCCCAGCAGAGCUUCCGGGGUGUGGCUUCCUCUGCUAGGAAGGAAGGGUUAACCCCAACGGUAUCAGUGCGGGGCCACUCUGUCCCAUCACACUGAUGUAAAAGACUUUAUUUAUAAACCUGUGUUAAAACAGUACAACAGUCACCUGUUGCCAGGCAGGCCAGCUGCCAUCACAACAACCAAACACCGGUUACAAAAGAACAUUUCCAAAACAAACAAAAGUGCAUCAGCAAGUACAAACAAGACAGAAACCCCCUAGCAUUCAUGUCCCCAGACCCCUCAUUCUCCUUUCCCUUCCUUCCCCAUUUUCUGUGCACUUCGCGGUUGGGGGUGGAGAUAUCCACUGGAAAGGAGGUCAAGGCAGAGGGUUGCAUGGGGUUUAGUUGUCCUGCCCAGACACUCAGAGGGUCUGAUUGCAUUGGCCACCCAGACAUGGAGUUUUCCAAGCUGUUUCUGGACUGAGGGUACGUUGCAGGGGAAUCAGGCUGCGGGGUGAAAGAGACAGCAGAAUCUUGCAGCCAUGAUUGAGAUGAGCUGCUCAAACAGUUCUCUCUUCAGAGCUCUAUCCUUCUCCCUGAGCCACCAUUCCUGUCUAGGAACUCCCUAGCAAGGGCCUGCUCCCAUGCUGAAACCUUGUCCUCCAGCUGUGCAGCAAGCCUUAGACUGCCCUCCUGCCUGUGAACAUGCCUUUCCUCCAGUCUUAAGUCUCUCUGCUCCUGGUACGGGACCUGCUUGUUGGCCUGCUCAAGAACCUCAACCAUCAGUUCAUCACAGAAACACUUCCUCUUGGAACAGUCUGUGAAGAAACAUUGUGCCAAGCCUGUGGCUGAAUACAUGGAAACUGGAGUGCAAAUCACAUGAAUACCAAGGACUUAGGACAUUAAACUGAUGAUCAGUCAUGAAAUCUUAUAAUACUAAAUUAUGAGGGAAAAUUUGCCUCUUGUCUUUCUGUUUCUAUCUUCUACAUUGUAAGCCUUCUGGGACAAGGACUGUUUUUAUAUUUGUAUCUUGUACAGUGCUGAGUACAGGCUGUCACCUGACAAAUAAUAAUAGCUGGCAUAACUCAGCUAGGGUCACUGAGCCAUCAAAAGGCCCCUGGCUUCUCUAGUCCUAAUUCUGAAACCAGAUGGAUACACCUGUUUUGUAGGGGUUACCAUAAAAGGAAUAGUCAUUGUGGCAGAUGCCUUUCCAAUACCCAGAAUAGAUUAUUUAAAGGAGAAGCUGGGGCUGGUCUAGAAUGUGACCAUAAUUGACUUAACAAAGAUAGGGGGACUGGCUAGAGUCUGCUAUUGUAAAAUUAAACUAGAUCACAUGGGUUCCUGAUGUUGUCUGUCAGCAUGAAGAAUGCGCUAGCUACAUUGUGGAGGCUGAUUAAUGGAGUGCUGACAGGUCUGGACAAAUUUGCAGUGGCCUAUAACAACAACAUACCCAUGUACAGUCAGAGACUGGACGCUUUCUUAUAACACACAAGGACAGUGCUUAUCAGCAGGACUUGAUGCUCAAGAUAGAAAAACGUGAGUUUGGCAUGGCUGAGAUAGCACAUAUAGGACACACCGUGGGGAGUGGAUAAUCUAAACUGGAACCAGGAAGGUAGAGACUCUUAAAAACUGGCCCAUACCCACCACUAAAUGCCAGAUGAAGGUUUGCGCAGGGACAGCAGCUUCUACUGCAGUUUUCUGCGGGUAAAGCAUCAAGUGACUACCUGAAAGUCUCCUGCCUUCCAUCCCUGCUCCUACAGAAGCCCCUAAUGCAGCCAGACACAGGAGCAGCUCACAGGUACUCGGUUACUGGCUUAUAUAGCACAGCAGCCGUCAGUCUGAAGCUUCUCCCCUCUGUUCCUGUAGCACUCAGCUCAGCCGCCAGGGCAUAUGUGAUCUAGCCCAAUGCUGCCACCAAUAGAUGCUCCAAAUCCCAGUGGUGUGUAACCUUCUGCUAUGCAGGAAACAGAGAGGGUUCUUGCACUUCAGAGCUGCAGCUGUUCUACACUGACCACAGAAGGACCAGGGGUUGCUCACUGAUCAGGACUCAACCAAUAAGAUGGACAGAUAUCCUUUCUUCGUGUUUGUGUUGUGUGGGGUAUUUUUGCCAAGAAUCCUUUGUUUUCCACAUGAAAACUCUACAAUAGAUUGUGAUACUAUGCUACCGCACCAUGGAGGUGAACCACAAAAAUCCACUCCACCAUAUGUUAUUGCUGUAUCUUUUGAUAAAUAUGAUCCAGGAAACGAAAUCCAAGUGACUCUAGAGGGAACUGCAGAGCGUGGUUUUCAAGGAUUUCAUCUACAGGCUCGAGAACUUGAAGGAGAUACUCCUGUUGGUUCCUUUAAAAUUACAGAUCCAAGCACGCAAGCCCUUGCAUGUCAUAAUGUUUCGAAUUCAGCAGUAAGCCACACAAAUUCAGAGGUGAAGCACAAAGUUACAACAACUUGGAUUGCACCUUCAGACACCAAGAGUAUUCAAUUUAGAGCAACAUUUGUUCAAGAUUCAAAGAACUUCUGGGUUGGAGUUCUCAGCAAAACUGUCACUCCUAGACCUUCUCAGUCAGCCAAUGUCACAGAAAGAAGGAAUAAGAAGAAGGCUUCACGGAUUGUGAUUGAGAUGGAAUGUACCAAGAAAGGAGGAACUUACUCAAGUAGUGGUGGAUGUAUUCAGGGUGGAUCCUCUGGUUCCUCUCAGACCAGCUAUUCUAUUGGUCAGGUUGGAGUCAUUCCUCCAGGAGGCAGCCAGCGUGGAUGUGUCUCAGGCACUGGUGGCAUAUACAGCAAAUAUGGUUGUAAAGAUACUGCUGUCUCAAUUAACACCGGCAUGUCCUAUGGCCAGUCUGUCUCCACAGGCAGUGGUGUUAAAAAGCCAGUGUCCUAUCCCGAAAGCAACCCCUACCCACCUGUGCGUGAAACUUUCCCAUCGAUCUUGGCCAAUUCUGGACAUGGCGUCAACAGCAUUAUCUAUUCACAAGGUGGACAGAGAGUCAAUCCUUGUGAUAAAAGUUCAUCCUCCUACAACAUCAUUAUCUGUAAACUGAGACAAUCUUCUACCUCACAGAACAGCAAUACCCAAGUCCACGGUCAGUCCACUUUCUCACCAGGCAGCCAACAGGAUGGAUCGGCUUCCUCCGGUGUCAGUACGGGUUGUGGAGAGGGUACUUCAUACGACAGCAAUCCCUGCCACCAGGGUUCACAAAGUAAUUCAGGCAGCAGUAACCGUGAUUGUGAUCAGAGUUCAUCCAAUUGUGCAGGCAACAAGGUUAUCGUUGCCCGGGAUACAUCUCGUGCUCUAAGCAGAAGCAGUUACAAUGGACAGAAUGAAUCCUCUAGCACAAACAGCAGUAGUGCCAAUGUCCAGGGUGGAGCAUUUAUCUCAUUGAACAACACUUCCAGUGGCCAGGGAUUACCUUCAGGAGGAAAGCAGUCUGGUGGAGACGGCUCACAUUCCUCAGACGGUGGCCAAAUAAGCUCUGCUGGGAAACAGUCCAGCCCUAGCCUUUUGCUGCUAUUCAGUGUUUUGAGUGCCUUUGCCACCUCUUCAGUUGUGCCCAAGUGGUUUAUAUGAACAUCUGAAUACGUGACUGGAGACCACGAAGUGUAUUCUGUAAUAACAGACUAAUUUUUUGUACAACAUUCUAAUCAAAGUUGAAUAUAUAAUUUGUCGGUUUGUUGUAAUGUCAUUAUGUAUCGCUAAUAUGACACGCUUUUGAUUAGUUCUACCUUUUUUAAUUUACAGAAUAUGCUGGUUUAUUUUUCAGUAUUUUAGGCAUCAUUUGAAAAGGAGAUAUUGUGCCCUAACUAUAUGAAUUUUUAUUUCUAACUGACAUGAUGAAUACCUGAUUUGAAUCUGAUCUAGUUGUGAAUCCAACCACUCAGAAGAUAUCUGGAACCACAUGACUAUUAACCCAGGGAAAAAUUAACAGCAGAUUGUCAUGUGUGCAAGCUGAAGGCUCUCACUUGUCAUUACGUAAAAUAAAGCCAAUCCUGUAAUUUUUUUAUAAAAAAAGCCUCAAUGGAACAGAAAAUCAGUGUUGGAAUAUUACUCUUAAUAUAUUAUAGUAAUUAAACUAGAGUGAAGUGUAAAUCUUGCAAUGCAGAAAUUUCUUAUUGCAGUGAAACUUUUGGAUAUUCCACCUCUUCCAUAAAAGGCCACUGAAAGGCAGACAUUCUGAUACUUAGAAUAGAUCACCAUGUGUCUCGACCAGCGGUUUUCAACCUUUUUUCACCUUUGGAAAUCUUAGACAUAGUCUGUGGACCACAGGUUGAAAACCACAGAUCUAGGUACACUCCACCUAGAGCUUUAGUAGGGAGUGUAGCCCAGAAGAGGCUCUGGAGGGCUAAUAACCUUGGAACUGAUGAAAACCACCCACUCUGGGAAUGUUUGAGAAUUACUCCGGCUACUGAAACUGCUAGUAUCUCUGUAUCAGCUCUCUUUCAGCAAGUAUUUUGCCUAAACUACGAGACCUGAUUUAUUGUCAAAUUUAAUUUCAAGAAUGAUAUUGAGAUCCAUAAAAUAGUAUCGCUGUGCAGCAGACAUAGUCCCAGAGAAACAUCAUCUUUGACUGGUAAGGAUUUCAAGGAAACAAAGUUUCACAUAUAGCAUCUUUUAGCAGUGUUUUCCCUUGGAGAUCUAUUCAGAAGUGUUGCCUUUGAAAGGCUGGAUAUGUAAUCUGGGAAGAUGCAGAUUACCCCCAGAAAAUGCAAAUGCUAGUAGUUUUAAAAUGUAACCUGUUCAUACUCACUUUCAAGCAAUAAAUUCCUAGCAGCAGGUAAAUGGUGUUUAAUAAAUUACAUCUUUAUUGUAUAGUAUUGUCUCUAACAGAUGUGUACAACUGUCAUUGUUCUACUAGCAUGGUAUGUUUUAAGAUAGGUUAAAUGUUAACCAAGUGCACCUAAAACACUUUAAAAAAAAAAAAUCAAUCCAAUACCUAUAGAAGUUGUGUGUAGUCCUAAAGCACUUAAAACUACAUUCACACUGUAAACCUUCUGGGGUAGGUACAUGGAUGAAAUCCUGUCCCCAUUGAAAUUGAUGGGAAUUUUGACAUUGACUUCAAUAGGGCCAGGAUUUCACUCAUUGCUGUUUUUUUCCCUAUGUUCUAUACAGAGCACACUGUCAGCACUCCAUAAAUUCUUAAUAUUCUCAAACCAAAUCCUGAAGUCAUUACUUAUUCAAAAUGAGUUUUGCUUGAAUAAGAACUCCCAGAUUUGACCCAUCAUGCGUAUCUUUAAAACAGAUUAAUAUAUACAAUAAAAUAGCUAUCUAAAAUACAAUAUGCUGUGUAGUGUUCAUUUGCAUAACUUUAUUGAAGCAGGGCAAUAUCUAUCAUUGGGUCCAUACAAUGUCUUGCCAUUCAUCACUUAUCUGAGGUAUAAAAAAAAUAGUUUUUAAACUGUUUUUGGUAUAAUACUGGUGUGCAGUUUUAUGUGAGUUUCAUAACACACCAUAACUAAGUGUGGGGGAGUGAAAAUGCAAGGAUUGUAGGUGUAAAUAAUGUGGACCUGAGAAUUAUGAGUUUGGGUGAAGUGAUGUUUGAGAGAAAAAUACCACCAUUUUCCCUUAUUACAAGUUGUGUUUUUUUGUUUUUGUUUUUUAAAGUAUUCACUGUAUGUCUUUGUCUCUAAAUCAAUAGGAGGAACAAAGGUAACAUGGGAUAGUUGGAAUGAAUCUUUUCAGUGAAUUAAUAAGAGAAAAAGAGGCUUUAUAUGUAAUAUUGUUUUUUC